AUUCCCUAUUCCCGACAGGUCCACCACUUUGCUGAUGACUCUCAGGCGACAUUAUCCUUACACAAAUUGGUAACACAAACCAGUGAAUGCGAUAUAAGUGUGGACUAUGCCAAACCAACAGCGGGUCUUAAAGAUGCACUCUUAGAUCAUUUGCAGGAAAUUGAAACGGAAUUAGAAACAAGUUGUGAAAGUAUUUGUGCCCAGGCUGAACAACACAUACACUCAACGGAAGUUAUACUAACUUUAGGACACUCAAGAAGUGUAGAACAUUUCUUGAAAAGAGCCAUUAAGAAAAGACAGUCAUUAACUAUUAUAAUAGCUGAAUGUGCACCAGCUUGUAGAGGACACAAUUUGGCUGCCAGUUUGGCCAGCAAUAGUGUAGAAAUUAUUGUUAUACCCGACUCGGCCAUAUUUGCCAUGAUGUCUCGUGUUAAUAAAGUUAUUAUUGGUACACAUAGUGUUUUGGCUAAUGGUGGUCUUAGAGCAGCCUGCGGCUCUUAUACUGUAGCCUUAGCUGCUAAAUAUUAUUCAGUUCCUGUUAUUGUUUUGGCUCCCAUGUAUAAAUUGGCACCUGUGCACUUGUGUUCUUAUGAACAGGAUGCUUUUAACUCAUUGGGUUGUGCCGAGGGUGUGUUGCCCUAUGACUCAUCGGCUGCACGUUCUGCCAAAAUCUACAGUCCCAUUUUUGAUUAUGUACCACCCGAACUGGUCACAUUGUUUAUAUCUAAUACUGGUGGUCAUGCUCCCUCUUAUGUUUAUCGUUUACUAACUGAACUCUAUCAUCCCGAGGAUUAUGAAAUUUAAAAGUUUGUACUGUUAUUCUUAUAAACUAAAUAAGGCAAAUUUAAUUUGUUUUAAAAUAAAUGUAAAAUAUUUAUUUUAUA